CACAAACGCGUAUUCCAUCACUUCGGGCUGCACACAUCGACAACAUUGGCAGAGAGCAACACUGUCUCUCGGCGACGGAGAUACGCUAGCUUGGCUACUGUGACCACUGCACCGCAGUCCACUCCCUAGCUCAACGCCACACCGAGACCGAGGCUUGGUCAGCGCCGCCGAUGAGCGCCCACCCUGCCCAUAGGGGCAUGCCGAUUCUAUCAGGCCCGCCGCCGGUCGUCGAGUCGCCGACCUGCAGGCAAUGCGGCCGCGACUUUAACGCCCUCUGGAGGCGCUCCACCGCCUGCGGCCACUGCGGGUACGAGUACUGCUCGUCCUGCCUGUCCGACGGGCAGGCCCUCAUGCCGCGCCGAGGCAACCGUCCGCCACCAGGUCCGCUGCAGGAGCUGCGCGACGCGUUCCGUGGCGGGCCGUCCCAGGAACCGCUGACGACGGGGUACGACGUCGAGAGCGUGUGUGUGCCCUGCCUGGGGAUGUUGCAAGUGACUGCUGCGCCGCUCGAGAUCCUCCGCUCGCUCCCACUCAAGCGGCUGAAAGAGUACCUCAAAGCGUAUGAUAUCGCCGCUAUCGGCGUCAAGGAAAAGGAGGACCUAGUCCAGGCGGUUUACAAGGCUCGCCGUCCUACCAUGACGCUUCCCCCAGAAAACGAAAGCUACUACCGCCGCCGCUCGGUGCCGCUGCAGGGCCAGUUGCCCGGGCGUCGGGCAGCGUCGUCGAAUUACCCGAGCAAUGGCAACGCGCGUCCAGCGCCGCGCCCGACGCCGCCGAGGCCAGUGCCGCAGCAGCACCAGCAGCAGCGGCCCCCUCCACCGAACUACGGCCGCCCGUCGAGCUCGAUGCCAGGUGGCGGACCGUGGAGUGGAGGUGCGGGGUACGGCGCGCGGCCGCCUCCUCCGCCGGCUGGGCGUCCUGACCCCACCCGUCCGCCGCCACCGCGCGCGGCGCAGCCGGCUCCAGCAUCGGCCCCGCGCCCCGCACCGCCUCCCGUGCCGUCGAUUCUCUCGCUCGUCGCCCUUCCCAACUCGUACGUUGGCAGCCUGUCGAUCGGGACGCUCAAGGCGAUCCUGUACGAGAACCACGUGCGCGUCGACUUCAAGCAGGUGCUGGAGAAGGGCGAGCUGAUCAAGCGCGUUAAUGAGCUCGUGGACGAGGAGCGCAAGCGGCUCGAGAGGCAGAGAGUGGCGGAGGAGCGCGAGGCGAAGGAGGCGGCCGGGCUGGCUGCGUCGCCGCCGGCAAAGGAGGGAGUCAGUGACGAAGCCGCCGCUGGAGAAGCGCGUGACGAGGCACACGAAGGAGGAUCGACAACGCCCGAGGCCGCGGCGGUUAAGGCGCCGCCGCCCACCGGCCCAGUGGCGGAUAUCGACCGCGGCCUGUGUGUCGUGUGCCAGGACGAGGAGGCGACGCUGGCUGUCGUCGACUGCGGACACUUGGCCAUGUGUCAGCGUGAGUGAGGAGCUGUGGUGUGUGCUGAUUUCAGACUGCUCGGACCUCGUCAUGGCCACGAGCAAGGAGUGCCCCCUGUGCCGCACGCGCAUUGUCACGCCGCAGCGGCUCAUCCGCAUUUAUCGUGUUUAGAAGCAUUGCAGGUUUGUAUUCCGGGUUGGGUAGCAUGCAUUAGAU